AAUUCACCCACGCGCAUUGCAAACACCACCCACAUCUCAACUGAGGCAGUAACUAAUUCUGAGAUCUCGAAUUAACUCAAUAUCAAUUCUAUCCUUCCCAGUACUAUCCACCUGGAGUGCGCAUACGACCAGACCCAUCUCUCAUCAAACACACACGCAGCCAUGCUGUCCAUCCAAUCCACCAAACCGCAAAAAUGCACUCCCAACCUCCUCCCCGCGCGCAUAAACCACAAUGGCCCCAUAGACAACACAUCUCAGUACUGGAAGCCAGAAACAGACUCUAAAGGUACCCAACACGUCCACUUCCGCGGCCGCCAUCUCCACGGCACUGUCGUUCCUCUACCCGAGAAAUACACCGGCGCUGUGUUGCACGUUACAGAUAAGCAGCUUCCGCAAUCGCGGUCGCAGACUCGGGCAGAAGGGUCAGGGGAUGAGGAGGAGGAAGAAGGGGUCGCCGAGGAGAUCAAAAUUGCGGAGCAAGUCGGCGAGUUUGAGGACAUGGUGGUCUGGGGGCAUGGAGGGCAGGUGGAUGUGGGGCAAGAUAUGUUUGUUAGAGGGUUGACGGAGUGGGUUGGGUUUGCGGAGAGCAUGCAUGUCGAUGAAGAGGAGGACAGUGGGGAGAAAGCGACGUGAGAUGGGCGGAGAGAAUUACACGCAGAACAAUCUCUACGCAAGGAUGGACAGUGCAUCUGUCACAGAACAAGAAUGAGUAGGUUAAAUUCAGAGAAGAUACCCGUUGAAUUCGACAUGGGGACUGAGGAUGUUUCAAGGCACUUGAGGAUACGCCCCAGGUUUCCGCACUCCAUCUCAAUCCUUCGGUCUGGUGAAUCCCUCAUGAAUAUCCUGUCUCCCUUCCAAAUACGUAUGACACGCACUCAUUGCAGGCAACAACAGCAUAACAACACUAAGUGUUUGACCAAAUCCCCACACAUUCUCUCCUUCAUCCUGCAACCCGCAGAAUCGCCCUGGAUCAUCCGGCUGCGCGAACUUCUGGCUCAAAACCAAUGUAGCUGAUAGUAUAGCCAACAGAAUCUGAACGGCGAAGGCGAUGAGCGGGUUGAGAAAAAGGUAAUAUAGAAAGCAAAGGCCCAGGUGCGCUGGAGUUGCUAUACCGUGUGUGGU